GAUAAUAAAAUUGAAAUUGAAACAGAAAAGAUCACAGACAAAAACAAGUACUAUGUUUCAAGAAGAACACAACAGCCGCAACGCCGCCGGAAAACAGAAACAUUCUUCUUCAACUCUCUCUCUCUCUCUAUGAUUAACCUGUAAACUUAAUGGCGGUGAAAUGCUUACUCCGCAGAAGACUUCAUUUCCACCAAACAACUUUCUUCAGGUUCUAUUCACCAUCUUCUUCUGCAUUAAUGUUACAACCUGAAACUGAAACUCCAAUUUUCAACACCCCACUUCCCAAAACCACCACAAAACUCCCUCGUUUAGUUUCCAAAGUCUUCAAAACCUUAAAUUGGGGUGUUGCAAGAGAAAUCAAAUUCAAGGGCUGUGUUCAAAUUCAUGGUUUUGAAAAUUCAAUCAAUUCCUUUAGUAUCAUCAUUCACACUUAUGCUUUAGCUGGUAUGUCUUGGGAAGUUUUUAUUUUGAUUAGAGAUAUUGUUACAUUUUAUAAGGAAGAGAAUCGCGACGCCGGUGAAUUGGUUUCGCUUCUGCUUGAUGUGGAAAAGUCUAAUGUUGUGUUUGAUAUGCUUAUCAAAGUGUUUGCGUCGAAUUCUAUGCUUGAACAUGCUAAUUAUGUUUUUGUUAGAGCUAAGGAUGAUGGGAUUGAGCUGAAUAUAAUGUCGUGUAAUUUCUUGUUGAAGUGUUUGGUUGAGGAUAAUAGAGUGGAUGGUGUGAGACUUUUGUUUGAGGUUUUGAUAAAGUUUGGUCCGAGGCCGAAUAUUCAUACAUAUACAAUCAUGAUGAAUUUUUUUUGUAGAGGUGUUGGGUGUAGUGUUGAUAUUAGACGGGCAUCUGAGAUUUUAGGGAAGAUUUACAUGAGUGGGGAAACCCCGAAUGUUGUUACAUAUGGUACUUAUAUUAAGGGACUUUGUAAAGUUGGUUUAUUUGGGGUUGCGUGGAGGUUAAUUCAAAACUUGUGCCGUAAAAACCAGCCUCUCAAUAACCAUUGUUUUAAUGCUGUCAUAUAUGGAUUGUGUCAAGGAGGUAUAUUAGAUGAAGCUUCAGAAGUUUUUAAAGAAAUGAAGAACUCUGGAAUAUUGCCCGAUGUUUAUAGUUAUAGCAUUUUAAUCGAUGGAUUUUGCAGGAAAGGUAGAGUAGACCAAGCUUCAGAAGUUUUUAAAGAAAUGAGGAACUCUGGAAUAUUGCCCAAUAUUUAUAGUUAUAGCAUUUUAAUCGAUGGAUUUUGCAAGGAAGGUAGAGUAGAUAAAGCUUUAGAAGUUUUUGAAGAAAUGAAGAACUCUGGAAUAUUGCCCGAUGUUUAUAGUUAUAGCAUUUUAAUCGAUGGAUUUUGCAGGAAAGGUGAUAUGGAUUCAGCCAUAAAGUUUUGGGAAGAGAUGACUAGCAAUAAUUUUUCUCCUUCUGCUUUUAAUUAUUGCAGUUUAAUUAAGGGGUACUACAAAUCGAAACAAUUCGCUAACGCAUUGAAAGAGUUUAGGAUCAUGCAAAAACUUGGUAUGUGGCCAGAUACAAUCGCUUGCAAUCACAUUCUUAGUAUUUACUGCAGGAAGCCCGACUUCAAUAAAGCCUUGGCAUUGUCGGAGAAAUUUCAAGAAAAUGGAGUUCACUUCAACCCAUAUUCAUAUAAUGAAUUCAUCCACAGGAUUUGCAGAGGAAGUGUUCCAGAAAAGGCACUGCAGCUUUUGCCAGUAAUGCUGAAAAGGAAUGUACUUCCCGAUGUUGUUAAUUAUAGUACUCUUAUAUCUUGCUUUGCCAAAAGGUUGAACUCUGAAAAGGCUGUGAUGUUAUUCAUAAAAAUGACAAAAGUAGGAAUCACUUUCAACGUCAAAACGUAUACAAUUCUUAUUAACCUAUUCAUCAGUGAUUGCAAAAUGGAUGUGGCAUAUAGAUUAUUUAAGGGAAUGAAAGAAAGUCGUGUAUAUCCAGAUCAGAUAGCGUAUACAAGUCUAGUUGCUGGUUUUUGUAAUACUGGAGAAAUGACUAGGGCACGGGCGUUAUUUGAUGAAAUGUCGCGAGAAGGCUGUUCACCAAAUGUAGUUACUUAUACUUGUUUCAUUAAUGAAUAUUUGAAGUUAAACAAGAACAAUCAGGCUCAUAAGUUGUAUGAGAAAAUGAAAGAAAGAGGUGUAUAUCCAGAUCAGAUCUUGUAUACAAUGCUAAUUGCUGCCUUUUGUAAUACUGGAGAAAUGAAUAGGGCAGAGGCGUUAUUUGAUGAAAUGAAGCAGGAAGGCCGCUGUACACCGAAUGUAGUUAUGUAUACAUGUUUGAUUAAUUCAUAUAUAAAGUUAAACAAAAGAGAUCAGGCUGAGAAGUUGUAUGAGGAAAUGAGGGCAAAGGGUUUGUCCAGAUUAUGUAGCUCAGAAGGUUCUGUGUCUGAAAGCUGGUGCAAUUCAUGGAGUUAGGUAGCUCUGUCAAAGCUUCCAUUAUAUCUUGCCGAAAUUUUAUAGUUGAAGUAGAAGCUUGGAGGAAGGGCUAAGCAAGGCCUUGACUGGCGCUUUCAGGUCAUUCUCCCGUUGAGGGGGGAAGGUUCUAAAUAUUGAAAGAAGGGAUGAAGCAGCGGGAAGAGAUCCAAAAUUUAAUUCUUGGUCUUGGAGUGAAGAAUAGGAGGGUCAAAUACUUCAUUUCCAGUGUAGUGAUCCAAGGAAAACAUAUUGGAUUUGGUCGUAAAAAGGCAGACAAUAUCUUCACGAUAAGUCACGUUGGUAAAUUCAUUUUCUAUGAAAAUGCCAAAUCAUCACAAAGUGAUCGAAUGCAAGAUGUAGUCACUGCAAAAAUGAGGUUGAAUGAUGAAAAGAAUCAUACAUGACCUGGUUUUGCCUAUUCUUGUUAAUAUUUUGUCAAAAAAGACCGUUCGUCGUUAUUUGAUGUCACAACUUUUCCUUCCUUGAGUCAUUUACCUUUGAGCAAAUGUGCUAUCACAAAAGAACUAUGGAAAUUCAUAAGGUUCAUUGGGACUACUUCAUCGUUUGGUUCCGACAGAAUUGAAUUUGUUAAUGUUAGAGAACUAUGUGACAUCACUACUUUACGCAGUAGACCUCACAAAUUGAUGAAGACAGGUCCUUGCUCUCUUCAAAGGAAAGUAUAUUUAUCUCUCAAAGGAAAUAUGUUCUCAAUCUUCUAAGGUGACAAGUAGAAUUUCAAGUCAUACAUACCAGAUGACCUCAAGAUAAAAUAUGAAGCUCCUUUGAAGUUAUUCUGUGACAAUAAGUCAUCCAUUAGAAUUGCACUAGCAGGCCUUAAAAUUUGCAAUGCCCUAUGUUACUUCAAUAUGUUUUUUAUUUGGUUGAAAUUGUGAAGGAAGGAUACCAGUGAAGGUAUGAAUAUUUCCUCAUGGUUUAAGAAAUUUAAGAAAAUUUAUAUCCCAAUUAUAUGUAAUAGAAGAAGUGACACGUUAUAUUGUUAUGAGAUGGAAGAUGCAACUUCCUUUGAUGUUUUGAA